AUGUCCGCCGUCCAAACGUCAUCUACGGCUGGCGGACCAUUCAGUGUGCUCGGUGGAACUAGUACUAGUCUGCAUCAGAUACCAACAACAUCGUCUGGAUUAUGCAGCAAUGGUGGUCUUACCAUCAGUUCGGGCAUCAUCCAUCCUGGCAACAGCACAACUCCACAUUCCUCCAGAUUUCCAUUAGCUAGUGAUCAGCUGUUACUCAGCUUACGCCAAAGACCUCAUUGUCGCGUAUUUCGAGCAUUAUUCCAAUAUCUACCAUUGCGUGAUUCUCCAAAUGAAAAUCCUCAACUAGAGUUGGCGCUGGCACCAGGAGAUGUCAUACUAGUUAAAGGAGAAAUGGAUUCGGAUGGUUUUUUCAGCGGCGAAACACUUGAUGGAAGAGUUGGCUUAGUUCCAUCUAAUUAUGUUGAAAGAGUUCCUGAUCAUCUAAUCCUGCAGAACGCACGAGCACCAUCACCCAGCUUCCCUUUAUCAGUUCCUCCUCAUCUCGCAGCCAUUCCACACGAUUUCACAGAGUUUAACGAAUCCGAAACCAACAAUUUUUUGCCUGAUAGCGUGUGUCCGUAUCCUCCAGCCGAUGUUACUAAAGUGUCAGUACAGGAAAUCAAGCAAAAUGAUAGCCCACGAGUUCCAUGUCCUCGUGACUUAGUAGUUGAGAAAAAAUUAUCAAGAUCUUUGGUGAUAUCUUGGUCACCACCUGAGGAGUCUUUCGUAGCUGUAUCCCAAUAUCACGUCUGUAUAGAUGGUCAUGUUCGAGCUGUAGUACCUGGGUCUUAUAAAUGUCGUGCCUUAAUAGAAGAUGUUGCCUUGGAUUCAUCUGUGAACGUUUCAAUUCGAGCUGUUACUGAUCAGGGUCAUAGUCCAGAUGAAGCUUGUAACUUGUCCGUUGGAACACAAGCUCCUGUUGCUCCUCAACACCUACGAGUUUGGCAAGUUACUCCUGUCUCAGCUUGUGUUCGAUGGUUACCAUCCAAUAGCAACGCUGAACACGUAGUUUCAUUAAAUGCUGUAAAAGUUGGAGUGUGCCCACCAUCCGUCUAUCAGGUUCAACUCCAAGGUCUGACGCCAUCAACAAUCUAUCGAAUAUCCAUUCGAACCAAGCAUCCCAGAGCUGUUCUCGAACAACGACCAGUUGAACGCUGUCUUGACUUCAAGACUUUGCCAAAAAUUGGAUUACCGGAUCCUCCAACGAACGUACAGGUAGAACACGGUCCGCAACCAGGUCAUCUGCUUAUCUCUUGGACACCAAUUACUAAUCAGCCGAAGCCGCCUUCACGAGCUGCUGUAGCUGCUUAUUUGAUUUACGCCGACGGCAAAAAUAUUGCUCAAGUUCCAAGUGAUACAGCUGAUCACGUGGUAUUACGAUUAGCAGAUCUAUCUGACGAUCCACCCAUUUUCGUUACUGUUCGAACGAAAACACGAGAAGGAGCUGUAAGCUCUGAUUCAAACGUAGCUCGCGUUCCUCGUGGACCAGCCGGUCAGCCAACAUCUGUGUACGAUCAACCGCCUCAAGCACAGAUAUUGACGACAACAGUUUUGGAUCCAAUGGCUUCCAGCUUUCCAUCGUAUCCUCAACCAACUUAUCAAACGGCUUAUGCUGCUCCUCUUGGAGGCUUAUCAGCUGCAACUUCUGUACCAACAGCAGCUACAUAUGCCAAUCCAUCACUGCUCAAUCAACUGCCAUUUCAAUCUAAUCCACUUAAUAGUUAUUCUGCCAAUGUUCUUCAGGGAUAUAAUAGUUAUGAUCGUUGUGCAGCUGCUGCAGCUCAAGGUCUCCAAAUGGCCAAUAAUAUCAAUAAGACAACAAUUCCACACAACAAUAUGUCCUCCUUAUUGGCUACAUCUAUACAUGGGAAUUCACAAAUGGGCAUAGCACCUGCUUCUAAUAUUCAAACAGUUCUUGGACCAACAGCUUUAUCAUCUUUGCCCAAUUCUCACCAAGGAACUUUGCAGGCUUCCGUUCCCAAGUGGAAGACUUCAGCUAGCCAAAUGUCACAGUACUAUACAUUUCAUCCUCGACUACUACGUGCUGACGGAACUACAGAAGAGCCACGUCCAUCUGUAUUAGAAAUGGAGAACAGUUAUCUGCUACGGCAUCGUCAAUCUGAAUGGAAUUCAUCAGAUGCUCGCACGCGAAUGGAUAUCUAUGCUCGUCAAACGGGAAGAACAGGAAGUGCUGAUGAUCGCCAGCUUUUACGUCAUCGAUUAAUACCUCCUCGGUUGGCGAGAGUUAAAAGCGAAAAUGGAUUUGGAACAAGAAGUGAGCCUGAUCUGCGACCUCCUACACUGGAUGACGAUUGUCGAAUGUUUGUUGCUCUUUUCGAUUACAACCAUCAUAUGUCACCAAAUGCUAAUGCUGAAAAUGAAGAACUCAGCUUUCGAAAACACCAGCUUAUUAAAGUUUAUGGGGGACCAGAUGCUGACGGCUUUUUGUAUGGCCAAAUAGGCAAUCGGUUCGGCCUGGUUCCAUCGAAUAUGGUGAUCGAAAUAGCUAAAGGUGAUAUUCUACCUCCUGCAGAACGAGGAAAUAGAGUUGAAAGAGGGUCGGAGAUGAUACCGGUUGAACCGGCGCUUCGACGGCAGCGAUGGGGUUCAGUGAAAUCUCGAAGUUACGACCAUGCGGGUGAUCGAAGAAAUUACGAUAGGCCCGGUGGCUCCUCUCACUAUGCUUCUUUGGGACGUAGGGAACUUGACAGACGUACAGAAGGCCCCACAAGGGAUCGAUAUCGACGAUCAAACGGAAGAGACUACGAGUACAGACGUGAUUACGAUGAUCGGUAUCGUGAACCAUCUCGAGAUAGACGAGAUGAGUACUAUAGGGAUCGAGACGAUGAUGAUCUUAGGGAAAAAUACAUUAAUAGUCGUUAUGAUAGAGAUUAUGAUCGCCGUGAUGAUCGACGUGAGGAUCGUGGUCGUCAAGAUGAUCGAAACCUUCGUGAGGAACGUCGUGGAGGUGAAUAUGAUAUGAGACGAAUGGAUCGUGAUUAUCGAGACGACGAAAGGCAUCGUCGGGAUAGACGUGAAGACGGAUAUCGGGAAGAUGCCAGAACCACCUAUGAUGCACAUGGACAGCCCAACCCUCGUUAUGAUCAGCCACCGAUGAUGAAUCAACCACAAAUGGCAAAUAAUUCAAUGAACUCACAAUAUGCUCAAUCUCAAGUUAUGGGACAUAAUUCUGCUCAUCAAAUGAAUCAGUUAAAUAACCAAAUGAAUCAUAUGAACAUUUCGAACAUGCAGCAGAUGAAUGGACCUAUGGGACAUUCUGGGAUGAAUCAACAGCAAUCUCAACCACCUCUCAUCCCGAAUGGAAUGCCUGGAGCUAUUAUAAAUGACAUGGAUUUAACAAGUAUGCCAAGACGUCAAAUGGUUGCUAAGUUUGAUUACGAUUCUCGACAACUUAGCCCAAAUGUGGAUGCCGAACAGGUGGAGUUGUCAUUCCGACAAGGUGACAUCAUCACUGUAUUCGGUGAAAUGGACGAUGACGGCUUUUAUCGUGGUGAACUAAACGGGUGUUUCGGUCUGGUUCCUUCUAAUUUCUUACAGUCAUCACCGUUAACAACGUUGGCGCCUUCACAACCAACAGAGCCAAUGAUGACCCGUAAAGGCGUGGCGUUUUCGGAUGCUGGUAUAGCGCAAGCUAAUCAAAUGAUGCAACAACAACCACAAGCUGCUGCUAUCAAGAAGCCAUUACCUUCAUCCCAAACGUCUACAACUUCGGCUGCUACGAACAUGAGCAAACCUGUGGCGAAAAAGUCAACAGCUGGACAACCUGGAGCGAAGCCAUUAGCGAAAAAGACAAGUGAUGUUGGAAAAGGAUCGAGUGGAACUCCCAAUGUUCGAAAAACAUCAACAGCCGUUAAGAAAAGUGAUUCACAGAAUAAGAAGAAAUGA